CAGAUUACAGUAGAGGGGAGCAAAGAAUCCAAUCCUUCAGAUCCCAAAAAUGGAAGACUUUUGGAAGCGAGCAAAAUCCUUCGCGGAAGAAGCAGCGAAGAAAUCGCAAUCCCUAGCAACGCCAAACAAAAUCGCCGAUCUAGUCGCCGAGACCGCCAAGAAGUCCAAGGAGCUCGCUCUGGAAGCCACCAAGAAAGCCGAUGAGCUCAAAACCGCCGCUCUCAAACAAGCCGAUCAAAUCCAAAUUCAAAGCAUAUCCAAGUCCAUUUCCGAUAUCAUCCCUCCUCAACUCUCCUCCCUCUCCAUUACCGCCUCCGCCUCCACUUCCUCCGAUCCUCCACCGAUCUCGGAUUCGGAGCUCCGGAAGUUUGGACUCACCGAUGAUUUGAGAGACUUUGUCAGAGGUUUUACUUCUAGUACUUUCCAGAACUUCCCUUACCCUGGUCAAGAUGAACCAGAGCCGUCCGAUGCGACGACUACGGGGUCAAAUGUGCGGAAAGAUCUGAGUGAGUGGCAAGAGAGGCAUGCCACGCUUGUUCUUACUACUGUUAAGGAAAUCAAAAAAUUAAGAUAUGAGCUGUGUCCGCGUCUGAUGAAAGAAAGAAAAUUUUGGAGGAUAUAUUUCACUCUUGUUAGCACUCAUGUUGGCCCUUAUGAGAAGGAGUACAUGGAGGAAGUUAAACAGAGAGCAGAGGAGGCAAAAGAAGAUAAAUCAAAGCAAACGUCUGUAGUUAAGGCAGAAGAGCCAGAAAGUAGUCUGAAGAGUAAAACUUCAAGCUCAUCUGCUGAGCAAGAUUUGGAUACAUUUUUGUUGGGAGAUUUUGAAGAUAGUGAUGGGGGUGGAGAUGAUGGCGAUGCUGAUGCUGAUGGGAGCUUUGGUGAUGAUUUUGACAAGAUUGAAAAUUCUGAUGUUGAAGAUGAGAAGAAGACUGCAGCGGGAACUAAAGGUUAAAAGUGCUGGGGAAACACAUUGAAGCAAAAGUGAGAACUUGUGUGCUAAGGGGAGAAAAGGACUGAACAGGGGAUAGCAGAAGCAGAUGCGGGUUCUCAAAAUUUGAUUGGACGGUUGGGGUUUGGUACUGUGGUGUAUGUUUGCUUUAUGCAAGAUAUAUAAUUUGCAAUUUGUUCAUUUGUUUAAUGCUACAAAGAAUUGCAGGUUCUCAUACCUGUUCUGUUUGACAGGGAAUGAGGGAAGGCUCGAACACCAUUAGUUGCCUUGUACAGAGCACAUCUCAUUCUAUUAAUUAAAUUAUUCUUGUUAAUGUUUCUCAAAA